GACAGGUGGUGCAUGUGCUACACAAAAUCAAGCUAGCUAGUAUCGAAACAACAAACUGAGCCAUGCUAGCUCUAGUGUAGCUAUAGAAUUCUACGGAAUAAGAUUGCCCAAAGCACUAACGUUAGUUCUAAAAGUGAUUAAUGUUAUUUGUUGGACUUGCAAAGUAGUACACGUAAAAACGUUAUAACUUCUGCAACAUCUGGAUCAUUUUGAUUUAUGUUUUUAGCAAGGGAUUGAUUCAAACAGCGAGGUUUAACAUCCCUUCGGUCAGAUCUUAAGGAGAGGAAAUCCAUCCUGAUUUGCAAGGGUCUGAAAAGAAAAUGUUAAAGAAAUGAUAGCAGCACAAGAGUUACACUCAGAUUUCCAGUUUCCUCAGGAGCCUGAUACACAGUUGUCAUCUGAUACAGACCUUGAGGACCCUGAUGGAAAGAAUGCAAAGACAUGGAAAGGAAAAGCUGGCAAGAAGGGGAAAAAAGCCCCAGGAGAAAAGGCCAAAGGUGGGCCUGGAGGAAAAGGCGUGGGUCGAGUGAACGGCCACCACCAGGAGAAUGGGAUGGAGACUAUGACCUUGUUUGAGGUGGUGAAGAUGGGAAAAAGUGCCACUCAGUCCGUUGUAGAUGACUGGAUUGAGUCCUACAAGCAUGACCGGGACGUUGCUCUUCUGGACUUGAUCAACUUCUUCAUCCAGUGCUCUGGCUGUAAAGGUGCCGUCAGCGGCGAGAUGUUCCGGAACAUGCAGAACUCCGAGAUCAUCCGGAAGAUGACGGAGGAGUUCGACGAGGACAGCGGGGACUACCCGCUGACGACGGCGGGGCCGCAGUGGAAGAAGUUCAAGUCGAGCUUCGGCGAGUUCAUCGGCGUCCUGGUGCGCCAGUGCCAGUACAGCAUCGUCUACGACGAGUACAUGAUGGACACGGUCAUCUCGCUGCUCACCGGCCUGUCCGACUCCCAGGUCCGAGCUUUCCGACACACCAGCACGCUCGCAGCGAUGAAGUUGAUGACGGCGUUGGUGAACGUGGCUCUGAACCUCAGCAUCAACAUGGACAACACCCAGAGGCAGUAUGAGGCGGAGAGGAACAAGGUGGUGGGCAAGCGAGCCAACGGCAAGCUGGAGCUCCUGUUACAGAAGCGCAAAGAGCUUCAGGAAAAUCAGGAUGAGAUCGAAAACAUGAUGAAUGCCAUAUUCAAAGGGGUGUUUGUUCACCGAUACCGCGAUGCCAUAGCUGACAUCCGGGCAAUCUGCAUCGAGGAGAUUGGGGUGUGGAUGAAAAUGUACAGCGACGCAUUUCUCAACGACAGUUAUCUGAAGUACGUGGGAUGGACGAUGCACGACAAGCAAGGUGAGGUGAGGCUGAAGUGUCUGACGGCCCUCCAGGGCCUGUACUACAACCGGGAGCUCAACACGCGCCUGGAGCUGUUCACCAGCCGCUUCAAGGAUCGCAUCGUGUCCAUGACUCUGGACAAGGAGUAUGACGUCGCCGUCCAAGCCAUUAAGCUGUUGACCUUGGUCUUGCACAGCAGCGACGAGGUGCUCACGGCAGAGGACUGCGAGAGCGUGUACCACCUGGUCUACUCGGCUCACAGGCCGCUGGCCGUGGCCACCGGGGAGUUCCUCUACAAGAAGCUCUUCAGCCACCGGGGCCCGGAGGAGGAGGGGCUGCCCAGGAGGGGGAGGCAGAGCCACAACGGCGGCCUCAUCAAGACCACCGUCUUCUUCUUCCUGGAGAGCGAGCUCCACGAGCACGGGGCCUACCUGGUGGACAGCCUGUGGGAGUAUGCUGCCGAGCUGCUCAAGGACUGGGAGAGCAUGAUCAGCCUGCUGCUGGACGAGCCCAUGCCGGGGGAGGAGGCCCUGACAGACCGCCAGGAGACAGCCCUGAUAGAGCUCAUGCUCUGUGCCAUACGCCAGGCCUGCGAGUGCCACCCUCCUGUGGGCCGAGGGACCGGGAAGAGGGUCUUGACCGCCAAGGAGAAGAAGACUCAACUGGAUGACCGGACGAAAAUCACCGAGAUUUUUGCCGUGGCUUUGCCUCUGUUGUUGGCCAAGUACUCGGUUGACGCGGAAAAAGUUACCAAUUUACUCCAGCUACCGCAGUUCUUUGACCUGGAAAUCUAUACCACCGGUCGAUUAGAAAAGCACUUGGAGUCUCUGAUGCGGCAGAUCCGGGAGGUGGUGGAGAAGCACACGGAGACGGACGUGCUGGAGGCCUGCUCCAUGACCUACCACGCCCUCUGCAACGAGGAGUUCACCAUCUUCAACAAGGUGGACAUCGCCCGCUCCCAGCUGCUGGACGAGCUGGUGGACAAGUUCAACAGGCUCCUGGAGGACUUUCUGCAAGAGGGGGAGGAGCCAGAUGAAGAUGAUGCGUACCAGGUUCUGUCCACGCUGAAGAGAAUCACCGCGUUCCACAACGCGCACGACCUCUCUCAAUGGGACUUAUUCGCCAGCAAUUAUAAACUCCUCAACACGGGUCUCCAGAACGGGGACAUGCCCGAGCAGAUUGUCAUCCACGCGAUGCAGUGCACACACUACAUCAUCUUGUGGCACCUCGCCAAGGUCUCCGAGGGCAGCUCCAAAAAGGGGGAUAUGGCGACCCUGAGGAAGCAGAUGAGGGCGUUCUGCCUAAUGUGUCAGCGCUACCUGACCAGCGUCAACACCACGGUCAAAGAGCAGGCCUUCACCAUCCUGUGUGACGCCCUGAUGAUCUUCAGCCACCAGAUCGUGUCGUCGGGCCGCGAGCAGCUGGAGAGCCUGAUCUACACGCCCGACUCCUCCCUCCAGGCGGAGCUGCUCAGCUUCAUCCUGGACCACGUCUUCAUCGACCAGGACGAGGACAACAACAGCACAGAUGGGCAGCAAGAUGACGAGGCCAGUAAGAUCGAGGCGUUGCAUAAAAGGCGAAACUUGCUGGCGGCCUACUGCAAGCUGAUCAUUUACAACGUGGUGGAGAUGAACACUGGAGCAGACAUAUUUAAGCAGUACAUGAGGUAUUACAAUGAUUAUGGAGAUAUCAUUAAGGAGACCAUGGCUAAAACAAGACAAAUUGAUAAAAUCCAGUGUGCCAAGACACUCAUUCUGAGUUUGCAGCAGUUGUUCAACGAGAUGUUGUCAGAUCUCGGGUGCAACUUCGACCGCUCCUCGUCCUCAUUCUGCGUCAUGAAAGAGCUGGCCCGACGGUUCUCCCUGACCUUUGGCCUGGAUCAACUCAAGACCAGGGAGGCCAUAGCCAUGUUACACAAGGAUGGCAUCGAGUUUGCCUUCAAGGAGCCCAGUCCUCAGGGAGAGGGAAACCCACCUCUCAACCUCGCCUUUCUGGACAUCCUGAGCGAGUUCUCCUCCAAACUGCUCCGGCAGGACAAGAAAACUGUUCACCUGUACCUGGAGCGGUUCAUGACCUUCCAGAUGGCUCUGCAGCGGGAGGACUGCUGGCUCCCCCUCAUCUCCUACAGGAACUCCCUCCAGGCCGGAGGAGACGACGACACCAUGUCGGUCAUCAGCGGCAUCAGCAGCCGCGGCUCCACGGUCAGGAGCAAGAAGGCCAAGCCAGCCAGCACCGGCAAGCGGAAACUGCCAGAAGAAGAGACCAGCUGCAGCAGCACGGACGCCGUGUGGCUGAACCGCGAGCAGGGAGCGCAGACGCCGGGCAUGAUGCCCUCCGCCCACCUCACCUCCACCGUCCUGAGGGACCCCAAGAAGCUGAGGGCGACGGACGACAGCUACGUGGGCGUGUACGCCAUGACGUCGGAACCGCAGCCGCACCAGGCCACGCCCCACCCGCACCAGGCCACGCCCCACCCGCACCAGGCCACGCCCCACCCGCACCAGGCCACGCCCCACCUGCACCAGGCCACGCCCCUCCCGCAGCACCAUCACCAAGCCCCCAUGGACUACAACACCCAGGUCACUUGGAUGCUGGCACAGAGGCAGCAAGUGGAGGCCCGGCAGCAACAGGAGCGUGCCAGCGUGCAGUACGCCAAGAUGAGGAGCCACAUGCAGCAUGCCAUCCGGCGAGGGUCGGGACUCAUGGAGGACGACGAAGAGCCGAUAGUCGAGGAUGUGAUGAUGUCGUCCGAGGAUCGCUUGGAAGACCUCAACGAGGGCAUGGAUUUCGACACCAUGGAUAUCGAUCUGCCACCAUCCAAGAAUCGCAGGGAGAGAUCGGAACUGAAGCCUGACUAUUUUGAUCCAUCUUCUAUCAUGGAUGAUUCGGUCCUCAAUGUUUCAAUGUUCUAAACUGGUUUGGGUAGAUCUUCGAGGAGGACGCCUUGUGUCACCCACAUUUUUUUGAAGACUAGAAGUAUUCUCUGUAGAGAAUUUAGUUCAAGAUUUACCCAUGGGACUACAUGAGAUGGUAGUGGAUGCCCAUAUGACAACAUGUUUUGAAUUUGACCUUUACCAUUGUCAAUAUUUGGAAAGGCUUAUGUAAAUACAUAACAGCUGAUAUGAAAUUUAAAAAAUCUGGCAUGGCAUGCAGCCAUAUUAUAUAGAGCAUAUAUAUAUACAGUAAGAGAAAAUGUGAAAUGUCUUCAUAUUGCUAGAAGGCCUAUCUGCAAAUAUGAAACAUAAGGAUCUCAGAAUUCUCUCUCUGUCAUGGUAUUUUGUAGAGGUUUCUCUGUUCUGCUUUUAUAACUUAUAGAAAACUUUGAUUUAUAGAUAUUUUGUAAUGACAAUCAGAUGUAAAUCGAUACUUUAUAAUCAUGUUAUUACACAGAGUACAGAAAUUAACCUUUGUAUUGGAAUUGCCGGUGUGUUACAUUGAAUGUGGCCUGCAGUUAGUUUCUGUUGCCAGUGUUAUAAUUAAGACCUCUUGUUAAACUGAUCAUGCCCAAGUUGCCAAAAUGACUCAUUUGAUAGGCAUAAUUAUGAUUAUUAAUCACUUUAAUUGUUUGAUUUGAAUGCUAUGUAGCUUUUGAAGAGUGGUACGAAUGUUUGCAGAGGGUUUGUAUAAAAGACUAUUCACUGUGGUACCACUGUGUAAUGUCUGAGAAGUUGUUAUAGUUUCAAAAAUACACCAUUAUAGACAUUGGAUAAGCUAUCAUAAUAUAUUAUAUAUAUAUAUAUAUAUAUAUAUAUAUUUAUAUAAUUAUAUAUUAUAGGUAUAAACAUAUAUUGUGUUAUAUAUUGUGAAUCGGUGCUCAUUUUGUAUUUAGUUGAUUUGAAUUCCAGCUAAGGCAAGGUUCAAUAGAAUGUAAACUGGUUGAAAUCAUCCACCCAACUAAUGUGUUUCUUUCCCUCUGUGUACAUUAGGUCAGUUAGCUAAUUACCAACAGGCAUUUCUAGAGUAUUAAGAUAAAUCAUUGAUUGUGUAAAAAUUAUAGUUUUAUACAGCCACGGCAGCUUGAAACCGGUGAGAAAUCAUCUCCAUUGUCAAAAACAGAAAUGUUUCACCGAAGUCUAAAUGCAGAACUACAAACCAGAAAGAGAUAUAAUAUUUUCAUUAUUUAGACUGUAGUAAUGUUAGACAGGAAAGAGUAAGUAAUUAUAUCCCAUUGAUGUUUCACUUAAAUUAGACUGCAUAAGGUCAUUUCCUUUCUAUUGUCACUGCGUUGAACUGCUGAGAGAAAGUGUGUGCAUACAUACAUGUAUAUGUAUACACAUACAUAUAUUAUAUAUAUUCAAGUGUAUAUACAUUUGUGUUUUUUAUUCUAUUUACAAAGUGUCCACUGUAACAUUUAUGGUUUGUAUUUAUGUCUGGAGACAGUAACUUUUUGAACAAAAUAAACCCCCUGCAAUUGUG